AUGGACCGAGCAUGGGAGACUCAUAUUGGGCAUGAUGAAGGUGAUAGCAUAGCAAAUGGGGAGGGUUUUGAUGAGGUUGAUCGAAUGGAUCAAAUGCUGAUUGAUCUAGCUGGGGACAAUCCACCUAUAGUAGAUGAGCAACCAACACCAUUUGCCACAACUUUUUAUAGGAUGGUUGAUAGUGCAAGUUUAUCCAGAAAAUUAAGAAGAAACCAAAGGGGUAUCCGUAGCCUCUCAAAUGAGUACAAGGUUGCUUUCUUGUACAUACUAACAAACAUACCUGAGAUGGAUGAUUUCUUCAUACUUGGAGACAAUAGAAAAACCACGGUUGAGGAUGAGGAAUAUGAUGAAGAAGCUAUUGAUGAAGAGGGUAACACUACAGAGGAAGAGCAUGAAGCAAUAACGGAUGAAUCAGAGGAAGAGACUUAUGAUCAUGAUGAUGAUUGA